AAUUUUUUUAUCCCAUCUGCAUCCUUUGCUGUUGUUCUUUGAAAAAAUGACAUUACGUGCUCUUGCUUCACAGUUUUUCUUUGAUGAUAGCAUCCGCAAUAUUCAGACUGGGAAAUGUAUGGGUCUUCACACAGUGUGGGUUGGAAAUUCCCAACGAGCUGAUGGAGUGGAUUAUGCAUUAGAGAGCAUACACAAUAUCAGAGAAGCAUUGCCUGAGCUAUGGGAAGUAGAAGACAAGCCUGAAGACAUCAGAUAUGCAGGAAAUGUUGCUGUUGAGACAACAGUUAAAGCUUAGUUAUUUUUGCCGGAGUUUUAACCGUCCCAUCGAGAACCUUGACAGAGUUUGUCUGUGGCACUAGUGAAGUAGUAUAAUGGUAGCAAAUGUAUGAUCAGUGUUAGAGCUAAGAUGUUGGGGAAGCUCAAGUUCAAGUUCCCAUGUUUGUGAACUAAAAACAGAAUAGAGCAAUCAUUUACUACUUCCAUUCAAUAACAAAGUUGACUCUUUUCAUAUAAAUUCCACCAAAAUAUCGAUAUCAGAAAAGUAGGAUUGAAACUUUUGCUCAAAAAAAAAAAAAAAAGGGGGUGGGUGGGGGGAAGGGGGGUGAAGAAAAAAAGGAAAAGGAAAAGGAAAACAGAAAAGCUUUUUGCACUUUGUCCUGCACAAACAACAAAAGAUGAGUCCCAGAUGCCAGAUUAGUGGGGUUACUGUGGGUUAACUCGUGUUUUGCAACUGCAAAACACAAUUCUUAAGAAAAUAUGGGCUCAUCAAAACAAUUUGAGCUUCUUCUGAUAGGAAAAAGAAAAAAAAAUUUUGUUA